UUUCCUUUGCAAAGCAGUUGGAAAUCAGGAGGAGAAAACGAAAGCUAAAUGAAGGCUGCUUCUGAAGGAAAUAUUUAUACACGAUGCUGUUUUCUUAAUCACGUUUUUUUUUAUUGUUGUUGUUUUUUUUUUUAAAUGAGUCUGACUUGAUAUUUGAGGCUCAGUUACUUCAUUUACAUCAUUUACUAUUCAAUCCAAGCGAUUACAUUCUUAUUUUCUUAUUUAUUAUUACAUUCUUAUUUCUCCUUAUUUAUUAUUACAUUCUUAUUUCUCCUUAUUUAUUAUUGCAUUUUUAUUUUCUUAUUUAUUAUUACAUUCGUAUUUCUCCCUAUUUAUUAUUACAUUCUUAUUUGCUGAUGAUGUCAUCCAAUUGAGGCUGCAUUUGAAAAGUAAAUAGUUUCGGUUUCCAUUCCUGACCCUAUGGGUGGAGAAGUUAACAGCUUAUAUCCGUGUCAGAGCAGUGUCUCCGAUCUGUUUCCACACUGUGAUAUACACAGAGACUGACCACGAUGUGUUCUACCAGUUCAACACAAGACACAAUUUUAAAAACCAGACUUAUUCAGCUGGAAUGCCAUUUUACCUGGGCUCUGAAUAAAAAUGAUACAGAUCUCACCGAUCUUCUGAACAGGCUCGAAGAACAGCUUAACCUGGAUCUCGGUUGGGAGGCAGGAGUUGCGCGCACACACAGCUGUAUGGGAUAUGUGAAGUUUCUACUAGGCUCCAAUACUGAGGCUCUCAGCAACUUAGAGAGAUCUGUAGAGCUCACCAAGUCUCAUGGAAAUGACUGUGACAAGCUGCUUGUUGUUGCCUAUGGAGACCUUGCAUGGUUAUACUAUCAUAUGGGUAAUUUUGCAGAAUGUGAAAGCUACCUGAAUAAACUGAGCGAAAUUAAAGAGAAAUAUCCAUCUGUCCCAUACGCAGAGGUGCUUGGAGAAAAAGGAUGGACCUUCCUCAAGUUUUCUCGGAAAUAUUAUGAAAGGGCUAAAGAGUGCUUCAGGAAGGCCUUGGAGCUGGACCCAGAGGAUGGUGAAUGGAAUGCCGGCCUUGCCAUUGCUCUGUAUCGGGCAGAUGAUAUGUUCAAAGAUCCAGUGGUAAUUGAUCAACUUAGACGGGCCAUAGCCACUAACCCAGAUGAUGAUGUUCUUAAAGUUCUGCUUGGUUUGAGAUUGGCUGCUCACAAAAAGUAUAGCGAGGCAGAGAGCCUAGUGGAGCAAGCCUUAGAGAGGUCUCCAGAACACCCCCAUGUGAUGCGAUAUGUUGGGAAGUAUUUCCGGAAUGAAGGAUCUGUGGACAGGUCUAUUGCCCUUCUAAAGAGAGCGUUAGAGAAAGUGUCCAACGCAGCCUUUAUACACCAUCAGCUGGGGCUCUGCUAUAAGAAAAAGAUUGUGAAUCUGAUGCAAGCAGGAAGACACCACACAAAAGGUGCUGAAAUUAAGCGAGCUAGAGAGCAGUGUAUUUACCAUUUGGAGAUGGCAACUGAACUGAAGACCAGCUUCAUCAUUGCUAUGAAUGAACUGGCCCUCCAGUAUGGGGCGAACCGGGAUAAGCUGAAAGCAGAAGAAAUGUUCCAGAAUUCAUUUCAGGUAGCUAGAGAAAAAAACGAGCACAUACAGUCUGUUCAUCACUGUUAUGCAGAAUUCCAGCAGUACUGUAUGAAAUGUGAGCCUGCUGCCAUCAAACAUUACACUGAAAGUCUGAAGAUAAAUCCAAAUACAUAUAAUGGAAGGAAAAGUGCUAAAAGUCUGCAAAAGAUUGCAGAGAGAAGAAUUGAGAACAACCCAAGGGAUGGAGAGGCCUUUGGAAUACUUGGAAUCAUUCAUAAGGAAAAAGGAGAAAAACAACAAGCCAUAGAGUGCUUUGAGCAAGCGCUGAGCUUUGUAGACAAUGAGGAUUACCUCACAGAUCUUUGUGAACUUAGGCUUUCAUUACAGUAAUAUUACCAAUAUGCAUUAUGUUACACAGCCAAUUAUUUACACAUUCAUGAGAUUUAAUGGUAACAGUGUAAUAUCUGUAAUAAUAUAUGUACUGUGGAUAAGACACUAAGAUUAAUGUUAUUAAUGGUUUGAAUUUAAGAUCAUUAGUCCAGUAUAAUAUUUGAUCAUAAAUAAAUUUCUUUUCAUUAUGACGGAUAUAAAUUUAGGUUGU